GGUGCCCGCCAUGUGCCUCGGGGCAGCUCUGUACCCGGGAAGUACCAUGAGCCAGUUGGUGGGGGAGCUCUGCCUCCCCCCUCCCCGCUGCAGCCGGAGUGGAAGAUCCCAGUGGCAGCAGCAGCAGCAGCUCUGAUCCCUGUGCUGGAGCCCCCGCAGUCAGAUAGCGGAGAGAGCCGGUGCCAGGUGCUGCAGCAGCCGGGCUGUGUGUGUGCUGUGCGCACUGGAUGGAAGCCCUGGGACAUGGCUGGCACGAUGCUGGGGGGCAUGGCUCUGCUUUGUGCCAUAGGUCUGUCCAACGGAGUGCAGGUGACCAUGCCUGACCACAAGAAAGCCGUCAUGCUGUUCCAGUCCACCCUUUUGCGCUGCCACUACGCCACCACGUCUUCUCAGCCGGUCUUGGUCCAGUGGAAAUACAAAUCAUUCUGCCAGGAUCGCACGGACGAGGCCUUGGGUAUCGGCAAGCCUCCCAACAAGGCCAAUAUGGGGGGGAACCAGUACUUGGACUGUGCGGAUGGCAGUAGGACUGUGCGUCCGGUGGCCUCUAAACUGGGAACCUCUGUUACACUGGGAGACUUCUACAAAGGAAGAGACGUCACCAUUGUUAACGAUGCAGAUCUCCAGUUUGCCACUGUCCAGUGGGGAGACAGCGGCCUGUAUUACUGCCUUGUUGCUGUCUCCGAUGACCUGGAAGGAAAAAACGAGGAUCGGGUGGAAGUCCUUGUAAUGGGCAAGACAGGGGUACUUGCUGAUCUCUUGCCCAGCUUUGAAGUGAAAUUUAUGCCAGAGUGGGCGUUUGUGUGCCUGGUAAUACUGGGCACUUUCCUCUUCUUCGCCAUGGUGGGACUUUGCUGGUGCCAGUGCUGCCCGCACAGUUGCUGUUGUUACGUACGGUGCCCGUGUUGCCCGGAAACCUGCUGCUGUCCGAGAGCCCUAUAUGAAGCAGGGAAAGCUGCAAAAGUUGGAUACCCACCAGCUGUGCCCACUGCCUGCCCUCCAUAUUACAUCUCCACCGUUCCUGUGGCGCCCGUUCCAGCACCCAUGCUAAUGGAAAAACAGCAUGUUCCUCCGCUGGUGCAGAGCGACUCAUUAGGAGGCCAAAACGUGCGCAAGGGAUACCGCAUACAGGCCGACAAGGAGAGAGAUUCCAUGAAGGUUCUUUAUUAUGUCGAGAAGGAACUGGCCCAGUUUGACCCAGCCCGCCGGAUGCGAGAGAGAUACAGCCACACAAUCUCAGAACUAAGUUCCUUGCACGAGGACAAUGUCCACUUUAAUCGCUCCUAUCGCCAAGUCCGCAGGAAGCCUCUUCCUUCCAGCUGCAACAUUGACGGAGAUGCAGAAUACUGGUCUGGGGUAGUAGGGGCCACAGCAAGACCCUCAGCUUGUUCCAAAUUCAGGGAUGAGAGAGAGAACUUCAGGAGUAGCCUCCAAAGACCAACAUCUGAGGUCUUAGAAAGGAAAUCCUUUCCUAUGGCAGUCCAAGCCGUAUCUACAGAUGAGCUGGCUGCAUUUGCAGACUCGUAUAAACAAAGAUCCCGUAGGUCUGAAAGCAGAGGUCCUGGUACAGGCCCCAGGUUUGAGAGGACCGAGUUAAGAGGAAGAUCUUUAUAUCAAGACAGCUCAACUGAUGACUACUAUGGAAAACGAAACCAUGGAAGGGAACUGUUUUCAGACACUGAAAGAGGCUGGUCAUUCAGCCCUUCUAGGAUACAAGCUUCAGAGGAUAAACAUUUUCCCAAAAGGAUAAGCAGGAUGGGACAGAGUUAUGACGACGCUUACCUUAGCAGUGUCCUUGAAAGGAAAUCCAGGGUUAUCGAGGAAACCGCUAUCAACCCAUCUAAUCUGAGCUUGCGGCAAAAUUCUAGCCGCAGCUAUGGGCGGUCUCCAACGUUCAAGACUGGUGAAAGCAAAGAUCAAAAAGUUGAGGAAGAAGACUCACUUCCUCCCUACAGUGAGAGGGAGCUCGCCAGGGCUCUCCCGUUCCGUUCAAGAGAACACUCCUAUCUCAGCAACUCAGACAAGAGGAAGAAAAAGGACCAGCCAAGUAAAACAGGUGAUUUUCCAAACAGGAUGUCCCUCGUUGUCUGACACCGUGAAAGACUUAAGGAAGAUUCUCAAUGGAGGAGGCACUGAGGCAGUCCUGGUUACAUCAGAGAGAGUCAUGAGCCACUGUGCUCCAAGGAACCCACCCCUUCUUGACGUGGAAGAUCAUUAACUAGCCUAUUUCCCACAGAACAGGAGACCAUAUGCAUUGGACCUUAAGUUGGAGCAAUGGUCUCCUGCAGGGUAUACAACCCAAUCAAUAAUGGACCUCAAACAAAAAUCUGGAGGGGAAAGGGGGGCAUCAGAGUUUGCCAUGACUUUAGAUUGUGUAAAGACUAGCCUUAGAAUAUUUUAACUUACUCCUAUUCCUAAAUAACUUAACAGGGGUGGUGUUUGCCUCCAUUCUCCAACAUUCCUUAUGUCUCACACUCAAACAGUGUUAUUUUUUGUACCAUCUAACCUCUUUGUGCCUCUCAUUCACAUUGUCCCAUUAAAGGACUGGUGAUAUCUUUGUAUACAGUGGGCAUAAUUCACAGACACAAAUGAAUUAUAAAUAAAUCUUCAUUUGAACAAAUUAUCAAAAGUAAUGAUUAUCUGUCAUGAUUUCAAACUUUUUUUUUCUAACUUCAAUUAUAAACUAAAAUUUUUGAUUUGGAAAUAUUAUUUUAACAAUACAUGUAGACAUUUUUGAAACACUGUUUAAUGACACUAUCUCAAACUGCCCAUGUUGUCAUUGAAAAAUUACGAUUUCAUGAUUGCUAUGUUGAAAUGUUUGUCCCUAAUGAAUAUUUUGUUUCUCGGUAUGGUCUGUGAAUUCCGCCCAGUGACUAUUUUGUUUACAUGAAAAAGGUGCUACUUAUGUACCUCCUUUUGGUUUUUCUGAUUUAAGUAACAAUUUUAGUUCUUCACCUCCCUACCUUUUUGUUUCUGUUGUGUCAUAAUAACAUUUAAUGCAAGAAACUUUUUUCUAUAACAAUUUUAACAAAAUUAUAUGCUUAGAAUUUUUGUAUCUGUUUUUGAAAAUGCUUCACCUACUCUUUCUGUAUCUGUUUUUGUAACUUUGAUUGGCUAUUGCCAACUGAGAACAAACUCACAGCAGAGGUAUAUGGUUAUUUGUAGAUUGAAUGUAUUGUGUUGCAUUAGAAGAUUUUUAUUAUUUAGAAUUUUUUAGUUUUGACAAUUAUUCUACAGUACAAUGUUCUCUGGAUCAUGAUUCAUAUGAUAAAAAAGUAGCAAUUCUAGAUUAAAAAACAAACUUUUAAGUAGAAUGUUCAAAUCAUGCUACAUAUAAGACAAACAGUAAUGUUAUUUUCCCUGUAUUUGUUGUUUUUGUUGAAUUAUGGAACUUGCAUGAGUUACCUGUGAGAUUUCUUCAUUCAGACAUUACACAGUUUAAUUAAUCAUGCACUCAUUGGUGUAUUAUAUUUUCUAAUAAUUUACAAUAUUGAAACUAGAGAUAUCUUUCCAUCAGUGGAGAAACAAAAUAAUAAAUACCACUGUAAAAACAACUGUCAUAAUAUCAAAUGAUAAUAAAUUUUUUACAGAUUGAUAUUAUUUAAUGAAAAAAAGAUUAAACUAAGAUAAAUUAUAAUUAAUCUACCAUUUGCUUUACAUAAAUCACAUGUUUAAGUUUUAUUUUUACUAUUAAAUUUAAAUAACUUGUUCCAUUUAAAAAUAUAGUAAUGCUUGUUUUAGCUCCACAAUGUUUAAAAUAUAUGUUAAAAAGAUUAUGGCCCCAUUUUCCCUUAUAUCUGCUCAAAUAGGCACUUUCUCAGAAAUGGGCAUAAGAAAGAUAAGAGGUUGUUAAAAACUGCAAAGAAAUAACCAGAAUAUAAUAUUUGCUAAUAAUUAAAUUCAUAAAUAUUAAAUUUUUCA